AUGUGCGCGAAGCAGGUUCGAUGGAGCAGCCUUGCACGCACAUAUGGGCCAAUUUGAUCGUUAGAAGUUUUUAUGCGAAGCCGUUCGGGUCGGCGACGUCGCCAGCGGCACACACGUGGCCCAUGUGCGCGGAGUUUUUCUUUUCUUUUUUUGCAACUGGCCGGUCAGCUAUCGAGUCACGGAAAAAAUCUCGUUGAGGAGCAGAACUCUGUAAAAGGUAGGAGAUCGGAUAGGGUUUUUCCAGGUGAUCUUUUUUUUGGCCUUUGUGAGCGCUGCUAAUCUAAAAAUGAAUGAUAAACGUCUUCUGGAAUAGAUCCGUCACCUUUUGGACACCUUGAUUUCAGUUUUUGACGAAGAAAAACAUAUUAUGUCCUCGUUUUCCAGUUUUAGCAUGAAAAUAUAAUCUUUAUUUGGUCGAUUCAGAAUCCUUGUUGGUAUUUAAGCAUAAGGAGACCUCACGAAAGUCCCAAGCUUCUUAGAAAUUUUGUUUCAAACAGGAAAACCAGAAAUUUCAAAAAGACAUAUUUGCGUUGAUAGUUUUCUAAUGUCCAUGGGAAACUUUCUCAAAAUGUCUCCUUUCCUUACUUUUCAAAAAAUGUUAGAAUCCAUGUUCUGCAAUCAAUUCUCCUCCCGAUUCCAUUCCGACGGAAGAUUCUCAAGCUCUCAUUCAAAAAAGGCGACGGUAACCGGAGCCGAAGGAGUCUGGCACAAAGAACGGAGAGACGGUCAGUUGAGGCCAAGUGGCGUUUGUCGAGACGAAGAAGAAGCGGUGAAGAACAACUCUCGAGGAGCGGCUGGACGGCGGGUCAUCGACACAUGA